ACCCCCACCACCUACACUCACCACUCAAUUUAAUAACCUAACACGCAGGCACGGUUCUUUCCUUUCUUUUUUCUUUCUUUAAAUCAUCAUCAUAUCAUCUAGAUUACUAAGUGAUCGAAGCUACUAGAAUAUCAAGAAACUUUACAAUGCCUUUAAAUAGGGUUACAACCUUAAGCAUUUUCAGUCACCCGAAAGCAUUCGCCUUCUGCUCUCUACUACCUAGCAAGUCACACUGCUUACAUUAUCUAUACAUAUAUACGCACAUACAAAGUGUUCUUGAUUACAUUACUGUUUGAGGUUUGAAAAGUUCAGAAAAUGGCAAGUCCAAGUCCAAGAGUGCUAGGUGCUGCAUUCUUGGUUUUGCUUCUUAUGGACCUAUGUUUUGCUGCUAGGUCUUCAAAGGACCUUUUUGGCAGAAGUGGUGGCGGUGGAGGUGGAGGGGGACAAGGUGGUGGUGGAGGUGGUGGUUCAGCACUUGGUUCUGGUUCUGGUUAUGGUUCAGGAUAUGGGUCUGGAGGUGGUGAAGGAUAUGGUGGUGCAGGAGGAUAUGGUGGUCUAGGAGGAGGUGGUGGUGGUGGAGGAGGUUCAGGGGGAGGAGGAGGUGGUGGUUCUGCUUCUGGUUCGGGUUCAGGUUCAGGUUAUGGGUCUGGUAGUGGAUCAGGUUAUGGGUCUGGGUCCGGUGGUGGGAAGGGAGGCGGUGGAGGUGGAGGCGGUGGCAAAGGAGGAGGAGGUGGCGGAGGUGGAGGAGUAGGAAAUGGGAAUGGGUCGGGUUACGGGUCAGGUUAUGGUAGUGGAAGCGGGUCUGGGUAUGGAAGUGGAGGAGGAAAAGGUGGGGGAGGAGGAGGAGGUGGCGGUGGAGGCGGAGGCGGUGGAGGUGGAGGUGGCGGUAGUGGUAGUGGAUCUGGAUACGGUUCAGGGUAUGGAAGUGGUUCGGGUUAUGGUUCUGGAUAUGGAGGAGGAGAGGACUAUGGGUUCCCAUGAGCAAGAACAAAAGAAAGUGAAAAAAAAAAAGUACGUUUUAGGUAGCAAAAAAAUGGCAUAUUUUGUAAGUUUGGAAUAAAAAUUGCAAGUGGUAGUAGUUCCAUUGCAAUUGUGCAUGUACGGCAUUUGGUACUAAAUGUAUACCUCAAUUAAUCAUUGUUACGUGUCUUCACAUAUUAUGUAAUCAAUAAAGUUUUUUAGUUCCUAGUA